CUGCCUCAGCUUCCGAUUGAGGUGUGGGAGAACGUGAUCAACCAUCUCUGGAACGCCCAGCGGGCUUUGAGGGAGUGCAGUCUCACCUGUCGAGCGUGGUACCCUCCCAGUCACUUCCACUUGAUCGGUUGGGUCGAGAUCCGGAGUGUUCAGGGUGUAAAGGCCUAUGCGAAGAUGCUGAAGCAGACGCCCGAGGUGUCGGAGCGGGCACACGAUAUGAACAUAUGGGGUGGUGGUUGGUCAGACUUGUCAGCACUGUCGAUGGCGGCGAUGCUGCUCGCUCGCAAGCUGCCCCGGCUGGAGCGGCUCACAAUCGGGGAAUCAAAGUGGCAGCCAUGGACGAUGCACAAAGACAUAUUCCUGCAUCUCUCCGGCUUCUCUGUCACUUGCCUCAAUCUCAUUCAGGUCACAUUUCCGUCGGUCACUGUCUUCGGGCGGCUCGUCUGCGCUCUGCCGCACCUUGUCGAGCUCCUAUGCUUCGAACUGCAGUUCACAGAUGACCACUUCCAUCGUGAUACGUUCGGUUUAUAUCACAACCGCGUCAAGAUC